AAGGAAUAAAAUAGAAAUAUUAGAAGAAGAUAGUAUGGAUGUACCAUUUGAAGAUACAAUGGAGGAAACAGGAAUAGAAAUUGAUAAUUAUUUGGAUAUUGAAGAAUCCAAAGAAGCUUUACCAUUAAAAUUAUAA